AUGUUAUCAGUAGCGAAUUUAGUUAGUCUGCCAACGCGAUGGACACUUGUUGAACCUGAGAGCCAGGCGGGCGUGAACCAGCUGGGCGGCGUGUUCGUGAACGGGCGGCCGCUGCCCGACGUCGUGCGCCGCCGCAUCGUCCAGCUGGCGCUGCUCGGCGUGCGCCCCUGCGACAUCUCCCGCCAGCUGCUCGUGUCGCACGGCUGCGUCUCCAAGAUCCUGACGCGCUUCUACGAGACCGGCUCCAUACGGCCCGGCUCCAUCGGCGGCAGCAAGACCAAGCAGGUGGCGACGCCGACGGUGGUGAAGAAGAUCCUGCGCUUCAAGCAGGAGAACCCGGGCAUGUUCGCGUGGGAGAUCCGCGACCAGCUGCUGGCGCAGCGCGUCUGCGACCCGCAGGCCAUCCCCAGCGUCAGCUCCGUCAACCGCAUCCUGCGCAACAGCGGCGCCUGGGCUGAGCCCGCCCACCACGCAGAGCCGGUGCUGAGCGUGUUCCCGCCACACGCCGCCGCCCCCAGCAGCGCCUUCACGUACGGCGGCGCCUGCAGCCGGCUGGACGCUUCUGCGGCGGUGGCGCCGGCGCCGCACGCCCACGCCUCCUCCCACGCACACGGCAGCCUCGGCCACGCGUUCUCAGCCGGCGGCGGGGCCGGUCCCGGGAGCAGCAGCAGCAGCGCCAGCGGCGGCAACAGCAGCGGCGACGAGGACGACUCGUCCAGCCAGCCGCGCCUGCGACUCCACCAACAUCACCACCACCACCAGCAGCAACAGCAGCAGCAGGAGCAGCAGCAGCAGCAGCAGCAGCAGGCGACGCCACCCCCGCAGCCGCAGCCACAGCAUCCACCACAGCAGCAGCAACCACAGCAAAGGAAGCGCAACCCCUACUCCAUCGAGGAGCUGCUCAAGAAGCCGGACCGCCUGCCUCCGGCGCCUCCUCUCGUCUUGCCGCCCCCCUGCGGGCUUCUGUUGGACAGGCCGUGCAGCUGUCGCCUCCUCGUCAACGCCACGCCCAGCUGCCACUCGUAG